AUGAUGAGCACCAACGCCAUGCACUCGGGGCUGUUCACGCUGCACUUCACCCCGAUCUGCCCCGCGGCGGAUGCGGCGAAGCCGACGGCGUCCGGCAGCAAACCGUCCGUCACGCCGCCACCACCGGCGGAGUUCAGUGACUGGCACGUUCUCCUACGCUUCGCCGUGGAGAAUGAGGUGAUUUCGGUGAAGCGACAGGGGAAGAUAUUUUCCAUGGGCGACGAUUGCAGUACGAACGAUAACGGCGAGGAGGCAGUGGCCAUCCCUGGCCUGGGCCGCAUUCCGCGGCCGGUGAAGGACCGCCACGCAACGGCGGUGAUGCGCUGCCACUGCCACUGGCAGCUCGCUGACACCUUCCGCUUUGACCUGCACUUCGAGCAGCUGGAAGGAUCGGUGUUGGGCGCCAAGGAGGCGACGCUGUGCGACGUGACGGUGAACUGUGAGGGCAGCCACGCCUAUGGGUGGUACAUUGGCGAGGCAGUCGUGGCGGUAGGCGGCAAACCGCUCGCCCUCCCACGCCGCCUGCGCUUUCUGUUAGUUCCCUACACGGGCGCAGUCUGCGCCAUGUGCCUCGACCCCGUCUACGCGCAGGGCUACACCUGCACUGAAUGUGGUGUGGUGGAGUAUUGCUCGCAGAAGUGCCAGGCAGCGCACAUGAGUGGGGGCCACGGCUUGUUGUGUCAAACACUUCGACGCACCUACACGCAACGCUCAGGCAAGGUGGCGACGGAGACAGAGAAAGGUGUAGAACUGGUGGCGUGGUGGCGAUGCUUAGAGGAUGCAUGCUAUUCCAUUCUCGUUGAUUAUCAGAAUCCACUCGGACAACCCAUCGAGUUCUUCGUAUGCACACUGAAACCAGCGCAGGCGGAGGGCCUACGCUAUCGUUACAUUGUGAGAGAAGGCACCACACCCAAGGAGGUAAAACAGGAGGAGCUUGUGGAGUUUGCAUGUACCGUGUUCCGCGUGGUAAGUGAGAAUGCCAUCAACGAAGGCUGUACAUCGCUAGCAGCUGCGUGUCUGAACUAUAUCUUUGUAUUCAGCGGACGUGUAGAUGCUAUUGUGGAGUCUCACGUUCUUUACUACUACAGCUACCUAUGCGAAGAUUUCGAGGGUACCAUAUGCUCAGUGGAGGAGUAUGUGACGUAUGCACGCCCAAUGCAUGAGCUUGGUGUAGCGCUGCUAGAAUUCGCACUGAAGAGUCCAACGGCACUUCUCUUCUGGCAACGCAUCAAGCUGGCGAAAAACGUCUUCAUAAAUCUAUACAACGUUAACACAAGCUGUCAGUGCUCCGAAAUAAAGGAACUCGUAAGGACGAUACCUGCGCAACAGCGGGAGACGUUGCAUCUGCUGUCCAAACUCUUUCUCAUGAUGGCCUCGCGGGCCCCCAAGAAGGAGGGCCAGCGCCUCCUCGAGCAGGCAGAAAAAUGCCUGCGUGAUUGCCUCCCCACAGAGGAAGCAGAGGACGACGCCGUCUAUGCGGCAGAGCACGCGCAGAGUAUGGUGGGCAAAGCGGAGGGGGCACGGAUGCUCGAUGACAAUAUGGAGGAGAUGGAGCCUGCCUCCCUCGCCACGCUGUACUACCGGCUUUCGUUGCUGCUGCUGCUCUACGGCGACAAGAACAAGACACGUGAGGCGGAGGCACUCAAGGCACACGGCGACGCACUCAUCGCCAAAGCAAAGGCGGUGGAAGCGAAGGAGAAAAAUGCGUCAUCAUCAUAA